AAAACCGGAUUGACCCGCCACUAUUCCGGUCCAUCUAGGGUUUAUAAGAAAAUCCCCUCCUGAUUUCGCUUCAGAAAUAAAAGCCUGACAAAAAUUAAAGACAAGAUCAUCGGAUUUUACUACAGUAAGUACCUUCAGAUCUAAGUUAGACUUUUCUUCUUUGUCUCUCAUCGUAAAAGUUAUCAUUGUACAGGUAUAUAAUGAGGAGAUAUAGUCCACCAUACUACAGUCCUCCGAGGAGGGGAUAUGGAGGGCGUGUAAGAAGCCCACCAAGAAGAGGAUAUGGAGGUGGUGGUGGAUAUGGGAGACGCAAGGACCAAAAUAGUGGAAGCCUAUUGGUUCGGAACAUUCCUCUUGAUUGCAGACCAGAUGAACUUAGAGGGCCAUUUGAGAGAUUCGGAGUUGUAAGAGACGUCUAUAUUCCUAAGGACUACUACACAGGGGAACCUCGAGGGUUUGCCUUUGUGCAGUUUGUGGAUCCAUAUGAAGCUAUGGAAGCUCAGCAUCGUAUGAAUGGGCAGAUUUUUGCGGGGAGGCAGAUAUCUGUGGUGUUAGCAGCAGAGACAAGAAAAAGGCCUGAGGAGAUGCGCCAUAGAGCUAGGGUUAGAGGACCAUCGAGUCACGGAGGAAGAUCCUCCCAAUAUGGACGUUCUCGUUCUCGUUCAUUGUCACGGUCCCCUCGCCAUUAUCCUGGUUCUAGGUCUCGAUAUCGCUCUAGGUCAUACUCUCCUGCCCCGAGACGGCGGGACUACUCCGCUUCCCCUGAUAGAAGGCAUGCAGGCCAUCCAGGAUCUCCUAGAGGUCCUCCACCAGAGCGAGAUGGUGACCACAGCCGCAGGUCGUAUUCUCCAGCUUAUGGCCAUGGCGAUGGUCUUAAUGAAAAUGGCAAUGGGUUUGGCGAGAAAUCGGCAUAUGAUUUUGAGGAAGCACGAGCUUGGAGGCCAUCACCUGGUAGAGCAUCAAGGUCACCUUCUGGAUCAAGAUCUAGGUCGGCUGACUUGUCACCAAGGCAUACUAGAUAAGGCAAAUAAAGUAGAAUCUAAUCUAUGGUCAUGAGUCUGAUGUGUGCCAGGAUUAACAUGGUUUUCAGCAUGCAUCAGCAGAUGGUAGUAGGCCUAUGUUGCCUCUAGUGGAUGAAUUGGAAUAUCUAUUUUUUUUUUCAAAACCGAUGUAAACUUAUGUUUUGAUUUAAUCGUUUAUGCACUUCAACUGGCUUGAUGCAACGCAGCUUUCCAGAUUUUAUCUCCA